GUCCUCCUGCAUCCCUCUUCCUGCAUCCCUCCCUCCUACAUCCCUCCUCCUGCAUCCGUCCUGCAUCCCUCUUCCUGCAUCCCUCCUCCUGCAUCCCUCCCUCCUGUAUCCCUCUCUCCACCCCUCCUUCCCUCCCUCCCUCUGCCUGCGCAGAGCCGCGGACAUGGCGCUCAGCAAUUUCCUCUUCGCUCAGUGCAUCUGCUAUUUCCUGGCCUUUCUCUUCAGCUUCAUCGUGGUGGUGCCACUCUCCGAGAAUGGCAACGACUUCCACGGCCGGUGCCUGCUCUUCACCGAGGGCAUGUGGCUCAACGCCAACCUGACGGUGGAGCGGCAGCGCUUCACGGUGCAGGAGUGGGGGCCUGAGGCUGCUUGCCGCUUCAGCAUCUUCACCGGGCUCCUCUCCCUGCUGCUGGCCACAGUGCAGGCCUGGAGGACCCUCUUCUUCCUCUGCAAAGGGCACGAGGACUCUUUCUUUUACGCCUUCCUGAAUCUGCUGAUCAGCGCCUUUGUGGUGUUCAUCACAUUUAUUGCCAGCACUAUAGUGAGUGUAGGAUUUAACAUGUGGUGUGAUGCAAUUACUGAAAAAGGAAGCAUGCCAAAUAGCUGUGAAGAAUUGCAGGAUAUAGAUCUUGAGCUGAACUUGGAAAACUCUGCUUUCUAUGACCAAUUUGCUAUUGCACAGUUUGGUCUCUGGGCUGCCUGGCUGACUUGGCUGGCAAUUACCAUUCUGGCUUUCCUGAAAGUUUAUCACAACUACAGACAGGAGGAUCUGCUAGAUAGCCUGAUCCAUGAGAAGGAGCUGUUGCUAGGAAGAUCCCCUUCAAGAUCUUCUUUGCAAGAUGACAAAAGUGGCAUGAUCUAAAGUGUAAGCAAAUUUCCAGGGCAGGAUCUAGAUUUUACUAUUCAGUAAUGUGUGCUGAAGCUGAGUCAGGGUAUUGAGUGUGUGAGAUCUUUUCUUUUCCUGAAAUGAAAUGUAAUUGUGAAUUACUCACUUCCCCCAUGAGAAACUGUUGGCAGAAAUACUGAUAUUAGGAUAAAGAGGAUGAACUGCCCUAUGUGCCUAUGGCACAGCAAACUUUCUGUCCUGUGCAGACAAAAUUUGUAACCUGCCCUUGUCAGCAGAGCUCCCACGUGCCAUCGCUGGCUUUUGGGACAGGGGCCAUUUUUGAGGACUGAGCUGGCAAGACCAGGCUACAGCAUCCCGGCUAUUUCUUCAAACUAUUCUUCAAAAGCAGUUGUAACUGGAUCUGCAUUCAGUCCCUCCUGUGUCCCUCUCCUCCCUUUUGCCAGUGAAGCUGCCCCUGCUCUGCCUUUACCCUGGGGAGCUGCAGCUCUGGUUGGGGUGUGGGCUCUCGCUGUCUCUGCUUUCGCUGUGUGUGGAUGCAGUGCUGACAAACAUGUUGCUCCUGCUCUGAUUUUAUUUCAAACAUAGAGACCUGUGUUCCAGACUUGAUAUUUGGUAUUGGACAGUGUUAAUGAAUUCCAUGAAACUCGUAUAUUAUUAUACCACCUGUCAAAAACUGUGUAUAAUAUGGAAGAUGACGGAGAACAUUUGUGGAUUUGUUUCAUCUUAGAUUUUGGCAUGAGCAGCAUUUAUUAUGACUCCUGAAGUGAAGUGUAGCUAGAAAUUGCUGAAGCUUGCAUACUAAGAAAUUAAGCUGAAUAGAUAGUAUUUAUGCUUGUGCAUUUAUAAAUGUAACUUGGUCCCUAACAUUGUAUACUAUUCUGUUUUGAAUAUUGGAAUUUAUUUGUGAUAUUUAUUUCAUAUAGAAUAUGCAAAAUUACUGUAAGCAUUUGCAUCGUAGGUUUCUCUAUAUAAACAUAGCAAGGAGUUCAAACAGCUGAGUUAUUUUAUUGGUAGUUCAGUGCUGAUUGGGUCCAUUCUCCCCACUCAUGGGCAGGAGUUCCAGGGCAGAUGAAUUUUGCUGUGAAAAGGAAGAAGAAUUGCUGUUUACACAAAGCUCACUGGUGACUGUGUUGUUGCUUUCAGUUUUGCUUGGCCAGUGCUUCAACAAAUCAGGUGGAUUGUUGAGAUCAGAUGUAGCUCUGAUAAUUAAGAAGAGUCACUCAGAGGAGUGUGGGAUUUGCACGGCAGAGAAGUAAAGCUGUGCUGGGAUUCAGCAUUUAUCCCCUGGUGCACAUUGCACAGAAGACCCCAAAUCAGCAGAAAACUUAAGAAAACAACUAAGUUUGGACUGAAGAUUUUUUUGGGAGUAUGCUGACACUGCCUGUGGUACCUGUGUUUGAGUGGAGACUGAAUUUAUUGUAACAGAAGUGCAAACCACACACGAUUAUAUGACCUGGUAAAUCAGAAUGAGGGGAGAGAGGACAGCAGGCUUCUACCACAUCAGAGCCCAAGCCUGGGGUUAGCACAACCAUGCAGAUUUACUGUUGUCUUCUAGGGACUCUCUGAUGCUUAGUUAAGUACCAGCUUAAGCAUUUCAUUGAAACAGAAUUUGGUGUCGUGACAAAUCCCUCAAUUAUUAAGCAUUUUAGGGCAUAAAAUCUGACAUAGUAUUUAACUGCCAAAAUGUUCUUAUAGACUCCUCCGUGGGCCUUAAGCAGUAAGCCAGUCCUGUGAACAUUGCUCAGAGCCCCAGCUGGCCACAGCUCUCUGUAGAGAGGCUUUGCCCUUCAGCAUGAUUUCUGCCCACAAGAGAAUGCAAUUCCUUUGAAAGCUUUGCAGCAGUGUCUUUUUUUAUAGUUGGGAGCUGACAUCAGAGGAGGACUCCUGGAGAGGGAAUCAGAGAUCAAGUUAAUGAAUGCCAACUUAAAAUUCAGAUAUCAAGACUGUCAGAGUGCCUUUUUAAAAUUCAUUUGGUCUAAUACUUUGGAUAUUAAGAAAAGUCUCUUCACUGAAAGGUUUGUCAAGCACUGGAACAGGCUGCCCAGGGAAGGGGAGGAAUCACCCUCCCUGGACAUAUUUAAAAGAAAGGUAGAUGUGGCACUGGGGGACAUUGUUUAGUGGUGGCCUUUGCAGUGCCAGGUUAAUGGUUUGACUGGAUGAUCCUAGAGGUCUUUUUCAACCCAAUACUCUGUCUCUAGUAGGAGAUACACUUUUGCAGGUACCUGAGUUCAUUGCCAGGGAAUGACCUUCUUCAUACCAAGAAGAGCCUGGGUCUUUUAAGUUAGGCUGUUUUCCCAGUUUCUCCAGUUGUAAAAGGCAGUCUCACUUUCACUCAGCAGUGAUGUCUCUUCCCACAAAUUACUUCAGUGCAUGCCUUACUCCUUGUGUGGAACCAGGAUGCUGCUUUGUAUAAUAUAUUUUAUGUAUAUGCCAAAUCAGGCUUAGGCUGAAGUGAGGUGUGGGUGGGGACCACUGUUCCUGGUGUUGCCUGAGGGUUUGAAGAACCAUGAGACAGAAGAUAACAAAUGUCUUCUUGUGGUUCUCGCUCUGAGGUACCAGGGCCCAAGCCUUGUCUCUGCUUCUGAAAGAGAGGAUGCUGCUUGUGGGCGAGGCUCUCUGGAGCUCAUGCUCUCUUCUACCUCUCCUGUCUCAAGGUCUUUUUCCUCCUUUCCACUUCCAUGAGAAGUAGCAAACACUGGUCCUGGGCUUGGAGUUGUCAUGCAAAAUGAAAAGAGGCUGAAGCUCUUCUAUGAGUCCCAUGUGAAUGGGACUGUUUUUCACAGCUUUCCCAUGUCAGUUUUUCACACCUUCCCUGCCUUGACCAGGUGGGAUGAGACUGGUACCCUCUUGCAAGCAUCAGUGAUGCUUAAAAGCAAAGCUGCUUUUGAUGGAAGCCCCUGUGUGAGUCAGAAGGCAGAGCGCAUAGUGAGAAGCUCUCUGGCUGACCCAAGGAGAGGGAGGGUAUCCUGCGACUCCCAGUUUUUGGACACACUUGGUAUUUUUUAUUUGCCCUAAGUUUUCUGCAACCUUUUCUCCUAAAGCUUAGGCACUCAGGCCAGGCUGGUGAUGCCAAGCUGGAAAUGUGCUAGAAUUCUGGUAUAAUUUAUGCACACAUACAUACCUACCUGUGCUCCCUCUCAUGCACUUCUCUCUUUUGUACAUUUCUGAUGUCUGAUUUUAGUCACCCAUUGCCAACUAGCACAUUGUGGGGCUGAGUCAAAUUUUGCAUUUCUGUGACAUUUCAAUACCUUUAAUUUGCCAUGUUCAAAGGCAGGGAACACUCUAGCUAGAGUUGUAUUCAAAGAACUAGAAUGCUGUGUGGUACUUAUACUCGUAUUUAUUUAUUUAUUGUCACAUGGUGCAAGGGGAAAAACCUUUGUGGCCUUUCAAAGGCACUGGGCUGUUGCCACACUAUUAUCCUGUUGUACCAAAUAUAUUCUCUGGCUACCAUCUGUGGUUCAAUUCCCCACCAAUUCCCUGCCAGCAGUCCUCAUUGGGCUAGAAGAAUCUAAGCUAACAAGUGUUAUCUGAGCUUUUAGAUCAAUGCUGUUUCUUACUAUUUUUUAUAAUGGAGAAACAAUCGGAGCCAUCUUUUGGAACAGAACUUCCUCAUGAGUGCAUUCAUGCACAAAACAUCCUGUACCACUAACUCAUGAGGCAUCUUUCAGUUGGGAAAUUUCAGUGGGAAUCACAAAAAUAAGAGCAUGAUGAUUAACUGUAAAAACUGAAGGACACAUUCAUACUAUAGCAGCGAUUCUGUGGUCCCUUAAAAAAGGAGGUGUUACAAUAACCAGUGAUGGAUGAUGGAGUGUACAGACCUUGUCAUGAAAGCAUUUUCUGUGUAUGUACAAUGCACACAGAUAAAUGCCAGUUCCACUGCUCUUCUGUGAUGUGGAUAUGGGCUCUUCUCUAACCAAGCAGCUUUGGCUGAUGUAGCUGUUAGAAUGCCUUAAAUUUCUACAUUUCCUUUUACUCAGCACUGGGACUUGUGCAGUGACAAUGGUUCUGAUAGCCAGAGGUGGAAUUGAUGUGGGCAGAGUGGGAAAGCACUGGCCGAUGCAUAACCUCCCAAAGGCUGAGAUGAGUUUCUAAUGCAGGUUUGCAGGUGUUUCAAUUCCUCCCCUUUAUUUGAGUAACGUCCUGCUGCUACCCUAAAUGAGUCCAGUUAGGAACAGAAUCAGAUUUCCCUUCAAGGCCUUCCCUCCCCAGUAUGGAACACUGCUGAUUUAACCUAUGCAGUGUUCAGGAUGCAAGGAAGAGGAGCUCACACUUUACAGUCACAUUGCACACAAACCUGGUAUUGGAUGUAUGUGGGAUUUGUCAUCUCCCCUUUUCAGAGACUUCUCAAACAUACUGCAUGUAAAAUCACUUCUACCAUUUAAAUUAUAACUUUAGCAAAAAUCUGGACAGUAAUUUAUACUAGAAAGACUGGCAGUACUUUGUGAAAAACUAAUCUGGGUUAUGACAAAACUUUUGGGUUUUUUUCUGUAUCAAUGGCCUGAGUAUCCUUGAGUGAAUGAGCAUCCUGGCUGUGUCCAGAUCCUAAAUCUGUGCCUCAGACCAUUUCCUUUGCUGAUGGAAAGAGCCCAUUUUUAUCUCUUGGAAUGUUUGCUUUGGAGACCACAAAUAUCCUUUCCUUCUGGUUAGACAAUCUGGGAAAAAAAGAAGGCUUUACCUGCAGUGACAAAAUGCUAAUGUAACUUCAUAAGCACAGAAAUUGUUUUCAAACUAUUUCUGUUCAUGGCCCUAGUGCCUUGAAGUACAUGUUUUUAUUUUUGUCCUCCAUAAGAUGGAGGAAAGCUAUCCUGAGUUGUACUUUAGUACUCACAUAUAUGCAUCUAGUUGUUUUUUUUUUUUUUUUUUUAUGGAUGUUUUUUAAAUGGACAAAAUUUAACUCAGUGAUUUAUGAAGUUAAG